CGCGACUUUGCCCGUGUUCGCGACUGCCCUCGCCAGCCCGCUCAGCCCGCCUCAACUCGAAACACUCGAAACACGGUGUCACCCGACCGCGUAAAGCCAGGAACUUGCAGAUAGCACCUCUGCGGAAGCGCCCACUCUCCCUCCGUGGCGACUCUUAGCAUCUGACACUAGUUCCGGAAACUGUUAUGGCAGAGCAGGUUGCCAAAGAUGUGGUAAAGGAAGCACAGUCGGUGGGACGUCCUGCGCCCAUCGACGACUCUGCGUCAACUACCAACGACCCCGCCGUGAACGGCGACCCGCCCUCGGGCACAGCGACCACGAAACCGACUCCUCCCGAAGCGCCCUCUACCAAACCCACCAUGAACGGCACAGAUUCAGCCUCGACUGGUGGUGCACACGUGUUGGACAAGGCCCAAGGACCCGCGGCAGCUACGGACAACAAGCAGUCAGGCGCAUCGCAGCAUGAGAAUAAGCAGCCCCACCUUACGGGGGCAUCCAGCGAACUUUUGAUGGCCGAUUCGCAGGCUGUGGCUGACGCGAGUGGCGGUUCCGACACAGAUAUCAGCCGUCCCGGCAGCGUUGACCAGUCGAAGCGCGACGGAACUCACGUGCGCACCAGCUCGGCAGCGAAGAAACAGCCGUUCAAAUCGGUAUCGGUCACGAAGAGCUUUCUGGCGAAAACGGUUCCCUCGGCCUCUGCUGCGCGACCUGGCGAUAAAGCAACCCCCGCUGCACCCCUCAAGGCUUCAAGCGUGCUUUCGGCAAAGCCUCGACUCGUAGCGAAAUCAGGUACAAGCAAUACCCCACGUACGCUCGGACAGGCCAAUGGCGCGGGCGCGGGCCCAGAUGCGAGCAAAGUCUGGAAUAAGAACCAGCCAGUACCUCCACCCCCGCCCAAGCAGUUUACCGAUGAGGAAUUGAAGCAGCAGUACGGAAUUCACCUGGCGACGCGUUUACAGGCAGAUGAAGCUGGAAAAGAAGCCAAGUGGGCAGACAUUGACGAUGAUGAGGACGACUGGGCCCCAGAAACUGUGCAGUGGAUGGAUGGAACAAAGUCUUCGGUCACAACGCAGCAAGAAACACCCCCGCCCCCCGCAGAAGAGCCAAAGACGAUACUCAAGCCGGAAGCGCCUGUCGAGACGCCCAAGCCUUCAACGUCCCCGUCUCCGACUGCGAGUGCGCCCAAACCGAGCGUCACCGGGGGCAACAAGACCAUUCUAAAGCCAGGAGCACAUGCACAGCCAACUACUGGAAAAUCAAGCCUAGUUCUCAAGGGCCAGCCAGAGAAGCCAACACUUGUGGCCAAGCCAUCUGCGACCGAGAAGAAGUCGCCAUGGGCCCCGCUACCUCCCAUUGAGAAGGUGUCACCCGUGCAAAUCAAUCCUCCAGCUCACCAGCCACCUCCUCAACGGUAUUCACAGCGAGAUUCUCAUCCCUACGAUAGCAUGCCCCCGCUACCCGCCAAGGAGAUUGCCCCGGACGACUUCAACCGAUCGUGGCGUAAUGAUAGCGGUGGCCGAGACAACCGAGAUGGCAGAGAGCUUUUCAACUCGCAGAGCGGCCGCUAUGAGCCCGUACACAACGAUGCGCGGAGAGGUGCCCCGCGCGAUAGUGGCUUCCGACAGCAGCCAUCUUUGUUGCAGAGGCCCUCUCAAGACGGCCCAGCAGAACCGUCAGCUGCGUUCCAGACCUCGAGAGCAAGUGCGGACGGGCCGACAUGGGGCAGGCGGAGGAACUCGUCAAACGUCAGUGGCGGUAUGCCUAGACGCAUGUCGAUAGAUCCCCGAGCACCCGACAUGCCCACCGGUCCUAUGCACAUGGAGCGCCGUGAAUCCCAUUCCGUCAAUGGUUUCGACCAUGCCGAGUCUGUGGCUUCUCGAAACUCGCCUUUCCAGCAGAUGAGGUCCCCCAACAUCGCUCACGCACACCCGGCCUCGCCCUACGGUUCCGCCGCUGCGCCCGCCGUCCAGGAUGCACAGCCAUCCGCACCAGCACCCCCUGUCGAGGAUCCUGUUGAAGUACAGAAGCGCCUCAUGGCUGAGAAGAUUGAGCGCGCUCGUCUCAAGAAGCAACAAGACCAGGAGGCAGAGAGGCGUGCAGAAGCAGAGAGGAAAGAGCGUAUCGCCAAGAAGCUUGCUGCCAUGGGCCCGCCUGAAACAAAGUCAAAGACCAAGGACCCAUCCCCCUCGCGGCCUGAAAAGUCCCCACAGAAGGAAAAGGCCACUCCUGCUUCGGUGCAGUCGCCGCCGAAACCGCCUGUCCCGACUGCAGACGGGGAGGUUACCCAGUAUGGCAUGAUGAAGGUGCACCAGCCUCACCCGGUCAGGAAAUCGCCUCAGACUGAGCACGCCCACGUCUCUCGACCGGGACAGCAGGGCCCAGCACCGGCAAACGCCCCGCCUUCACUGGAACAGCAACCCGCGCAGCCGUUUGACACCUUUGCUCGUGACAGCGACAAAUCAAAGCUGUCUUCACAGCCAGAGGUCACCGUUCACCAAUCAGAUGGCACUGCUCCUCCCGGGCCCAGACCGCAGGGUCCUCCAGUCGCUUGGUCGUCUGCAACAGCGCCCCAACCCCGACCCUGGACCUCGCAAGUUUGGGGACCGCCACAAGCAAAAGAUCGCGCUCUCGGGAACGGUACCUUUGAUUCGGGCUAUCGAGGCCAGUCCCGCCCCGGAGCUCAGCAGCCACUUCCGGUCCAAGCACCUGCGACAGCUCCUAUCGGCACCACCAUCGCUGCACCGGGUCUUGCGUCACAGACAGCUAGGCAGAUGCCUCCGUCACAGCAAAUUUUCCAGCCGCGAUCUUCGCAUGGGCAGCCACCCGCGGCCUCAAUGUCGAGUCGACCUGUCACCGCCAUCACUGGCGGCGGCUGGGACACCUUUGGGGAGCUCAUCUCAAAGGACGAUGACGAAGCCAAGGCGAGAAACAGGCAGGAACGAGAACGUCAGGGCGAGGCUUUCCGCCCCGAGCUUCGAGAAACCUACAAGGACCAGAGAGGCCAAGCGCAGGUCACGCUGCAUGACAAGAUAGCUGCCGACAUGGCCCUCGCCGAAGGCCUGAAGAAGGACGACAUUUCAAAGUCUGUAAUUGAAGUUUCAUCGCCACAACAAGGCCUCGGUCAAGGCACCCUUCAACAAGCUACUGGUUCCCGUGCAUCCCGCUUCUUCCCUCGCCCGGCUGAGCCUUCGACGGAGCUAAUGCCAUCUUCAACAACGUUUGCGUCAAGCAAGGCCGACUCGCCCCCUCCUCCCCCGGAGACGGAGACGCACCCUGCCUUCACUAGCGAGACGGGACACCCACAGGUUAGAUUGCCGAAACCCUCACCUGUUGUACGACUGCCUCCUUCGGCAGCAGGUAGCGGCCAGCCUGCUCCUGCUCAUGUGAACAUGCCAUCGCGUGGACAGUCCCUGGGAGCCAGGCCCCUGGCCAUGAACCCGGAAUGGCAGGCUCGGUUUAACAAGCUCCUCGACAAACCCGGAUCUACUCGCGCAUCGCCGCAUGUUGCUACCCCUGCUGUCCCGGUCGUCUCUCCGCAGCAAGGCGCUGUUGCUCCCGCAGCCCUGUCAAAGGCUGCUCUUGACGUUCGUGGAAACACCGGCCCGGCUACCGUGUCGCUCCCUACCGCACCACCAACCAAGUUCUUCGCGAACGACCGUGGUAAGGAAGUGAUUACCCGCAAGGGCGCCGAGGCCCUCUUUGAAGAUCGGGAGUUUGGUUCUCUUCCCACUGUCAAGCUUUCCAAGGUCCCUCAUCUUGCAGCAAAUCAGCCCGUCAAGGCCGCGCCCAAGGAGGAUCAGUAUCCCAAGUACAAAAAGUUUGAGAAUCCAUUCACGAUUCGCCGACUGGAGGCGUUUGACAUUGAAAAGACGGCGCAGAACAAGGGCAAGUUCGACGUGGUUAUACGCAUUGCGAACAUGCGUGAGCCUGUGACCAAGUCGGUUCAGAGGAAGCACUACGGUUCCAAGCUCAAUCGACAGGUCAAGCCCAAGGCGGCAGGUAGCCCAAGCGCAGCUUUCCCCAACGGAGCAAAAGACCGGCCACGCAAGCCCUCUCAACAAGGUCAGGCUGAUCGCUCGUACAGCAGCAACAGCAACAGCACUACUCAUCCAUCCGGCGCAAAAUCGUGGACCAGCAACAGCAACGCGCGCGCACCGGCAGCCCACCAGCCUACGACGUGGGCGAAACUCGCGGCCGCCUAAAAGUGCUCUUUUAUGAUUUUGGCAUCGUCACUUCGUUGUGCAGCAAAUCUUUGCCUCCAAAUCUAUGUCCAGAAAUCGGCAUGUGUUGCCACGCUCACUCAACGGGAUCAACACUAGAGCGCUCAUGCGCACAUACGACUGUUCUGAUAAAUUCAUCGGCUUGUUGUACUGGUUUGACGCUGCUUCUGUGGCUAGUACAUCAUCCCGCCCUUUUUCUUCAUUAACAGUAGAACUUGCGGCAUCUUGUACCACAACGCUUCGAGUGGAGCACAAGGUCGCUUUUUCCGGGAGGCAGUGUACUCCCGAAUUUCUCAUCUCUUUUGGUUGUUCAACAUUCACUCUUGUUUUACAUGAAAACUUAUUCUCGGACCUGACGGGGUUUUCUUGGACCUUCGUUCAUCUCCUUUUGCCAUAACGGGCGUCUGGACGCGAGUAUGGGUAUUGAUCGGUACGACGGGACAUGACCUCGUGAAUGCGGU